GAUGGUUUCGGAGUGACAAGCGGCAUGGCGGGGGUCACCGUCAUUUACGGUUGCCGCGACUGUUUCAUAUCCAAUUCCACUGCAAGUUCCGCGCAUCUGCGCGUCGACGAGGACGACGAACUUUUGAAAUACAUUUGGAGUGAAUACUUGCAUCCGAAGCAGUAUGAGUGGGUCUUGAUCAUAGGAUACAUUAUUGUCUUCCUGUGCUCGCUGGUCGGAAACACAUUAGUUUGUUUUGCAGUGUGGAAAAACCAUCAUAUGCGCACAGUGACCAACUACUUCAUUGUGAACCUGUCCUUUGCUGAUAUCCUGGUCUCCAUUACCUGCCUUCCUGCCAGUCUCGUAGUGGACAUCACAGAAACAUGGUUCUUUGGAGAUACACUCUGUCGAAUCUUACCUUAUUUACAGACAAUCUCUGUGUCUGUAUCAGUGCUGACCCUCAGUUGCAUUGCCCAGGACCGGUGGUAUGCUAUCUGCCACCCUCUGAAGUUCAAGAGCACUGCGAAACGGGCGCGCAGGAGCAUCAUCCUGAUCUGGUUUGUCUCCUGUGUGAUCAUGAUUCCCCAGGCUAUUGUCAUGGAGUGUAACAGCCUGCUGCCUGAGCUGCUGCCUGAGCUCACCAACAAGACCGUUCUCUUUACUGUGUGUGAUGAACACUGGGGAGAUGAGAUCUACCCCAAGGUCUACCACACCUGCUUCUUUAUUGUCACCUAUUUUGCCCCUUUGUGCCUGAUGAUCCUGGCAUACAUCCAGAUCUGUCAGAAACUCUGGUGUCAGCAGAUUCCAGGGACCUCGUCAGUGGUACAGAGAAAGUGGAAAUCCCUGCAAUGUUCAGCUCAGACUGCAGGCCUUGGUGAGUCAGUCAAGGUCAGGACCAGUGCGGUGUCGGCUGAGAUCAAGCAAAUGAAAUCUCGACGGAAAACGGCACGCAUGUUGAUGGUGGUGCUAUUCGUCUUUGCCAUCUGUUAUCUGCCCAUUAGCGUCCUUAAUAUCAUGAAAAGAGUGUUUGGGGCUUUCAAGAACGCAACCAACAGAGAGACGGUGUAUGCCUGGUUCACCUUUUCUCACUGGCUUAUAUACGCCAACAGCGCAGCCAAUCCCAUCAUCUAUAAUUUCCUCAGUGGUAAAUUUCGAGAGGAGUUCAAAGCGGCGUUUGCCUGUCAUUGUUCAGGUCGAGGGGAAAAAAAGGAGAGGGUGAGGACCAAGAUGAGCACCGACAGCCACAAAUCCCUGUCCACACAAGUCAGUCAUUUCGACAAUGUCUCACGGAUCUCGGACCAGGUUAUGUAGCACUGAUCUGCAAGGGUUAGUCUUCACAACAUGCCACUUCUCUAAUGGUUUAUAGGACAAAGCAAAGACAGGGAGCUCUCAAAGGCUCAGACUUACUCAAUUGAUAUGCACUGAAGGCUUUGACAGGAAUAUUUGCUUCUGAAUAUCAGCCACACAGUGGGAAAAUGACAUUCUGCCUCAAAUAAGAGCACAAGAUACCACUGAAUUACAUUUCCUUUUUCUUCCAAGGAUUAUUUAUCUCCACGAUUACAAUGCCUUUCAGACAGAAAGCACAGGCAGUCUGGUGAUGGAGUUGUAUUUUACACAUACUGUUUUAUUUCUCAUGAAGACAUUACCUUGUUAAAAAUGCAAUAGUGUAUUUUUGAUGUUUUACAUUAUAUGCUUUAUGGUCCCUGAGCAGCAUGACUAUAUUGUGAAUAAUUGACCACAACACAGUCUGAAAUCUCUUCAGAGUUUUAUAAUAAUUUAUAUCUUCAAGUGUUUUUAAAUUCACAAAAAAAUUGUCACAAGUAAAUUCCUAAAAUAAAACAAAAUUUUAUUUCUGUGAGAUAAAAAUUGCUCUCUGUAUUGUGUGCAUUUGUUUAAUUUGCGUUUGCACUGGGAUUGUUCUUAAGUCUUUGCACAAGCUUGUAUUAUUCAUUUGUCACUCUGGCUCGCUUGCUUUUGAUGUGGAGAGAUAUUUGCUCCAGAUAAUAGCUAUUUGCCAAGGCAUAUGUGGGGAUCAGAGGGUAAUCAGAGAAAGGCUAGUGGUAGAUUCGAACAUCUUUGUUCUGCUUUGGUGGGCCUCUUAAGUAUGAAUGCUUUUAAGAGCAGGGUGUAGAAUUCCUUUUGUAAUAGUGCUUUGUUAGACAUUCUUUCAUGUGCUUGUUGGGUUCUUGCUGUGAUCAAUGUAAAUGCACGCUUGUUAAAUAACAACAGCGCAAAAAUGUAUAAAGAUACUUCAUUGCUGCUCAUUUUUAACUGUUUUAAAUGUUUGAAUUUAAUUGGUGGUGUGUAGUUUUAACUGCUUAUGGUGGAAAAUAAAUUGCUAGUAUUGGCAUCGAUAUUUGUUUAUAUAGUUUAUUAUAUUUCAAAGAUCAAAUUUCCCAUAAAAUAAAGGUGCAAGCUAAUUUUACUCAUAUAUGAUGUAUCUGCAAAUUGCAUUCUUCUUUUUACUUGAUCCACAAAUAUACCCCUGUACAUACACAUUACAGAUUUUAUAUCAGAUAUAAUUGGUUGCAAAAAUGGUUUGAUUAAAAUGUGUUUUCAGUAUGUCCUUCUA